AUGGCUUUCUACAACAACGGAUUUCACACUUUCGGCGGGGACAUGGCCCGGUUUCUUCAAGCUUCUGCUUCCAAUGGCCACCAACCGAACGGAACUGGACAAUUUGGCGGUAACCCCAACCGCAAUGGACAUGCGCCUAGACACCCGGGCAACAACAACAAUAACCACAACAACCAGCGUCGUGCACAGCAGCUUCGUACUGCUUUCACACGCACCCGGGAUGGUGACGUUGUGAUGAGGGACGCAUUUGUUGCACCCAUCACGGCCCCGGCUGAAGAAGAUAGAGACGUGGUCAUGACAGACGCCCAUCCCCUCCCCGAAGAGGCCACAGCCAUGUUGAACCUCGCUGUGAACGAGGAGGCUCAGGGGAGCACCACCACCGGCCUCCAGGUGGUUGGUGCCCCCUUCUACUUCUAA